AUGUUGACAGUACUUACCAUAUUCCUCAUUGCUUUGAACUUCUCGCAUGCCUAUGCUGUUUUAACUCCUUCUGAACGCAGCCGUCUUGCCUCUGUUGAAAAGCGAGCGCUGACAUCCUGGGUGUCCAUGACCAAAGGAAGCGACUGGCCAUGCUCAUCAUCACAACUCAAAGAUAUUGAGAAAUCGAUUGAGUAUGCGAAGAUCUUGGCGAACGGAGCCAUGGUAGCUCUGGAUAAUACUGGGACUUCAUCGAAGGCCUAUGUGAGAUGGUUUGGCAAAACAAAUACCAAUAAAGCCCAGCUUUCUACGAUCAAAACCAGCCACUUCGGGGCACCAAAUAGAUUCCUGCAGACGCCAUCAAGCACCGUCAAGUCAUACGAUGAAGGCGGUCCGAACUCCCAAAGACUAGUCUAUGCAUGCCCUCCCCAGGACUUUCCCUUGUGUAACGGCGGGGUGGCAGCUGCCGCCAUCAAUUCUGGCGACCAAAUAUUCAAAACCAACAUCCUCCUCGCGUGUCCUUCUUUUUUCAAGAAGGCCAGCAAUUCGCAGAUGCUUUCAAAUUGGCGGAAGGGAAAAUACACGCCAUCUGCGGGGAUGAUAUUGCUGCAUGAAACGCAGCAUCUCGAUGCUAUUGUUGGGAAGGGCAAGCGCUGUGUCGAUCUGGCAUAUCCAGUAGACAGUUGCGAGAAACUUGCAGAUAAGGAUAAGAUCAGGAACGCCCAAAACUACGCAUUCUUCGCCCUAGACGUCACAGCGAUUCCGCCUAAACGGAAGUAG